UUCCAUGUCAAUGUCCACACCCAUCGGUUAAAUUUUCGAUAAUGGGUACAUACUGGACAAACUGUGGUACGAAGAUUAACGCUAGGAUAAUUCAAAAGUCACCGAACGUGCUAAAUUUAUCGAUCGACAACAUCGAACUAAAUCGAGAGAGACUGCUGCGUUUGAAGCUUGCUGCGGCGGUACUUUUCCUCUAUGCGUUUGCAAUUCUAGUCGCCGGAAAUGGUAGAACCGUACUGUGGCUUCAUGGUUCUUUCGGCAUCGUUCUGUUGAUAGUAGGUUUCAGCUACACCCGGAUAGUCAAGAAUGAAAAUCUAGUUUUAGUUAAAGAUUUUGCGCUACAGUAUUCGACCAACUUCAUUGGGGGAUCAACUAAAAAUGUACUAAUUCCCAUCAAACACAUCCACGAUGUAGUAAUUAACGAGGCAUUCCAUAAUCUCAAAGUCGUCUACAUCCUCACUGUUUUAACCAAAGGAAAUCUCUUUAAACACAGGCCUGCAAUCACCUUGCUCAAUCAACUUAACCCGCGGGUGGACUGUUUGGAAAUGAUUUACAAUGAGUUGCACACAAUUUUAGAUUUAGAAAAUGACUGAAAAUAUAAACUAA